GAUACUUACUUUGGUUUAUGUUUUGGUGGGUGUGGAAUUGGGAAAACCGAGUUGGUAACUCAAUUUUGUAUGAAAAUGAUCAAAGAGUAUAAAAAUGUUCUUGUCCUAGAUUUGAAUAAUGCAUUUCACUCAUUUGACCAAAAUUUGUGCAAAGAUGAUCAAUGGCUCGGAUUAUCUCUGGCUACUGUAUACUUUGGCAGAAGAAAAUUAGAACUGUCUGAAUUUAUUAAAACGAUAUUGUGCAACCAUGGCGAAGAGUCAUUAAAAGCUUUUGACAAUGUUUCUGAGGUGCUUACUUUGAUUGUCAAUCAUUACAGAAAAUGGAAGAGCAUAGAGGGAACUUUAUGCGUUGUUGUCUGGAAAGAUGACUACCAAACCGAAAUGGAGCAAUUAUCUAAUCCCCGGCUCAAUGUUAUUAAGAAGCUUGGUAAUUAUAACCACUCGUCUUUUGGAACAAGUAUUGCUGCUGAGCAGGAUGUUGUUCUUGUUCCUAUUUUAUCUGGGACCUUUGGUGGAGAUGUUAAAAAGACAAUUAUUGGAAGUCGGCAUUCUGCAAAAGUUCUGUCAACACCACCACUAUCAUUCGAUGCUUCUAUCCGUGUGUUGGGAAUUUCAAAGGAAGUCUUGGAGCAAUCUUCUUUCAAACUACGUAUUUUAAUAUCCGAUAUUGGUGGAGUUGCUCGAUUACUCAUGGAUUUGCGACGUAUGAACGAUUUUACGAAACCUUUGGAAGAACGAGAUGUUGAUAAUUUAGGAUCGCAGAUGGUCAAUAGAGUUUCGGAGUGUUAUAGCAUUGUUACUCCACAAGGACAACAGAAUUUAACAACUUUUCCGAAAUCAGCUCUAAAGGAGCUUAUAAGAUGUAUCAUUACAGGAACGUCAAUUUAUGAUGGUACUCAACUUCCAGAAACCGAAGUAACUUAUACUGACCUUGAUCGCUAUGGAAUUUUCCAUUAUCGUCCGUUGUCAAACGAUCAAUUUGUAAUAACAAUGCCGUAUAUCCUUUUAUGGAAAUUAAAUAACGAAGUUGCAUUAUUACCUUGUGAUCUCCUUACCUUUCCUUGUCGAAGGUGGACCUGGCAGGAUUUUGAGAGAUUGGAAGCGUAUUUGGAGACUUUAAGGGCUGGAAGAGGUACUACAAUUAAAGAGCAAUUUCCUCAUGCAUACGCGAAUGCAAAUGUUUUGAAAUGGAAAAUUGAGCCAUGGGAACAAAUGUUAGUUGAACAAGAAGCUGUUCAAUGCGUUCCAAGAACUGGGACGGUUGAUUGGACAGGAAUACAUUCGCAAAUGUAUGGACAUAACCUUUAUAUUCUGUCGCCCGUGGUCUUUCUUUGCCAUACUGGAAAUCCUGCGAUCGAUUCUCAUUCCAGCCGCAGGUCGGGAUCCAAAUAUAUUGGAUUAUUAAAGCAAACAAAGCACUCCGCGCCAAAAACGAAGGGCAAAAUAUUUUCAUCAGAGGUGAUCAGAUGGUAUAAUAAUGCAAUGGAAAAAUUCAAUAAUGCUAGAAUUUUCGAAUCGAUAGGAUUUAUCCUUUUCACUAAUCGUGAUAUUAGUAAGAUUGAACGUGAGAAAGCACUUGCAGCAUGCCCCAACUUGAUCAUAAUCUGUAGAGAUAAUCUUGAGAAUUAUAUGUCACAUACUUUUUUAUACAGAGGAUUU